AUGGAAGAAUCAAAGCUUAUUAUCGAUGAAGAAUUGUGUCGCAUUUGUAGAAGUACGGAAGGGGGUCAGCUUGAUAUUUUUGGGCUCUCUGGGGCGGAACGAAAUAUUUCUACAAAAAUUCGUGAAUGCCUACCCAUAAAAGUGUCAGAAAAAGAUGGCCUCCCGAAAACAAUUUGUGCGGAAUGCGCGGAAAAACUCGAUGAUUUUUUUAAUUUUCGUAAUAUGUGUAGGAAAAUCGAUUCGACGUUUAACGAAUUGCUUCAUUCCGAUAAUAAUAAAUCCGAUUCCGAUGAUUGUUCUAAUUCGAAAACAUCGGAAACUUCUAAAGACAAAGUCGAUAGCAGUUCAACUCAAUUAUCGAUUGAAAUACAAAGUUCCAGCUCACCAAAGAAAAAACAAGCUAAUUUAGGAGAUCCUCAGCCUGAAGAUUAUGUUUUGAUGAAAGAGGAAACUAUAACUGUUGACAAUACUACUAAAAUAAAUCAAGAAGAAAAACAAGUUGAUCCGAAAGGAGCAAAGGGUAAACAACAAAAUACUAGAACUGUACUCAAGGGAAAAUUUUCUGUGAUUCACAGAAGGUACAUUGUUGCAAAAGGAGCAUUUCCUUGCUCCCUGUGCGGUCGGUGUUUUUUAUUUAAUCAAGGUCGUCCACGAGAAGGUAUUCCUUAUGCGGAUGCUGAUAUCGUACAGGGAGAUCAAGAUAGCAAUACCGAUAGUCCUUCUGACGGUUUGUAUCCGUGUCCUCAAUGUGGUAAACUCUUUCCUCGAAGAACGAGUUUAAAACGUCAUCAACAAAUACAUUUUGAAGGGAAAAAAUUUGUGUGUAAAGUAUGUGGGAAAGCAUUCAAUAGAAAUGAGCAUUUAACAAGACACAUGUUAUCUCAUACCGGAGGCCGACCUUUCCAAUGCGAUCUAUGCUCUAAAGUUUUCACUCGAAAGGAACAUCUCGUUAGGCACAGGCAAUGUCACGACGUGAGCGGAGUCGUGAUCAAAGAAGAGCCGGAUGAUUCCGUCAACAGCUAUGGAUUUUCAGAUUUUGCAGACGCUACGGAAACUAAACCUUUCGUUUGCGACAUUUGUCACUCUGCCUACGCUCGACGUGAACACAUGACAAAACAUAAAAAAGUUGCUCACGGGAUCGAUGCCGAUCCUGAAUCCGAACCUAAACCCUAUUGCUGCAACCAUUGUUUUAAGACUUUUACGCGUAAAGAACAUCUCACACGCCACAAAAAAAUACACAUUCGAGAAGCAUUUUCUGGUAAUUAUGAAAUUGCCGACGGUGUGGCACCUUCAUUACUUAUUUCCGGUCCCACAGGUAGCAAGUUACAAAAAGAUAAGUCGAAAAAAGACGUUUUAAUUCCACUCACUGUAAAUUGUAAUAUCAGUAAAUUAAAUAAUGUGACCAUUACUCCACAACCUAAGGGAACCACCAUUCUUAAAAAUCCAAUAACAAAACCUCAGGUUAGCGUUGUCAAACCUAUGACAAACGUCACACCGUUAAGUAUAAAUAAAGAUACCGUAACGUUAGAGAUAUCCGGUGGAAGUGACGGAGGAGAGUAUAAAUCAAAAGUUGGCGAAACUUUAAUGAAUAGUAUAUUAAAAAAUGGAAAAUAUGGCGAAAUCAGCAUUGUCGAUGUUAAAAAUGACAAAAAAUCUGACGUUUCCGUUUCGAUAAAAAAAACAAGAGAAGUUUAUCCGGAUUCUUUAAUGGAAUGCAGUAUAGAAGAAGGAGGAGAUUCGGGAAAUGAUUACGAAACAAGUUACUACGAUAAUAAAAUGUUGACGGAAGAAGAAAAAGCUCAACUGGAAGGAUUUUUAGCGGAAACGAGUUUUGGCGGAGGGGAUUUUCUGGCAAGUUCAUACGAUUCCGAAGGUACGGGUAAAAGAAAAAGGGAUCAAACAGACGAAUACCUCGAAGAAAAAGACAGCAUAGAUUUAGACGAUUUGAAAAAAAUGCCAAAAUGUCGUAUUUGUUCGAAAGCGUUCAGUAAGAAAAAUCAUUUGAAUCGUCAUUUGAAACGAUAUCACAAUUUGACGAAGGAACAAGUCAAUUCAGGUAAAUACGAAAUAUACGAAAACGGAUCGGGAGAUUUCGACGAGGUCGAGGGCGACGAAUUUUACGACGAAGAUGGAAAUCCCAUAUUGAAACGUCCCAAAGGUACGUUCCCCUGCACCAUUUGCAAAAAGACGUUCACGAGAAAGUAUCACAUGUACCGACACCGCAAGACUCAACACGGAAUCAAUUUUCCGAGCAAACAACAGCAGCGAGAUGAGCCCUGGCUCAAAUGUCAGAAUUGCUCUUUGAUAUUCAACAACGAUGAGGAUUUUCAAAAGCACGAAUGCGGUCACGCGGACGACGAAGAAGAAGAAGAGGAAAAAAAAUCCGUCGUCGAACCCAAGAGAAAACCUAAAAAUUCAUUUAAAUGUGCAAUAUGUAAGAACACGUUCGAAAAUCACGACGGAUUCAAGGAUCACGUUUGUAAAAAGGGGUACAAGUGCGAAACCUGCGGCGAAACUUUCGAAAAAAGUAAACAUUUGGCUAAACACGUGGAAACCCACGUGGAAAAUCCAGGGGAUUCCUUAUCGUAA